AUGGGUGGUGCGUGCUCGUGCCGCUUUGGUCGCGGCAGCCAGGUCAAUCCCGGUUCAAUCCUCGACCGCGUGAUCAGCCAGGCGAGCAACGAGGAUCAAUGUUUAUUGUAUCGGCUGGCCAACUACAAGAAGGGCGGCGAGCUGAUCGAGGCGUACAAUCAGGGCGGUCAACCGGAGGUGGAGAAGCUAAUUCGCGAGCAAUUCGGUAUCCUGAUGUAUGCGGACGGUAAGGGCCAGACAAUCAAUCGCGCCGAGUAUUUACGUUGGAAGUUCCGCGACCUGGAGCAAGUCGUGCUGCCGAUCGAGGCCUCGCUGACGCGCUUCGAUCCUCUGGCGCAGUGGAAUGACCACGAGGCCUGCUGGCAGAUGCAGUACAGGGGCUCGCUGGGCGAGACCUUGUUGCACGUACUGAUCAUAUGCGACACGCGGAUGCACACGAGGAUAGCGCGCAUACUGCUCAAGUGCUUUCCGCGGCUGUCUAUCGACGUCGUCGAGGGCGAGGAGUAUCUCGGUGCGAGCGCCCUUCACCUGGCGAUCGCCUACAACAACAACGAGCUCGUGCAGGAUCUGGUUGAGGCGGGCGCGAUUAUCUCGCAGCGCGCCAUCGGUAGCUUCUUCCUACCGCGCGAUCAGCAAAGGAUGAAUCCCGCCAGAAAUACCGAUUACGAGGGUCUCGCCUAUCUGGGAGAGUACCCGCUCGCCUGGGCAGCCUGCUGCGCUAACGAGAGCGUCUACAAUCUGCUGCUUGAUUCCGGCGCGGAUCCUGACGAGCAGGAUUCUUUCGGAAAUAUGAUUUUACACAUGGUCGUAGUUGGCGAUAAAUUGGACAUGUUCGGCUACGCAUUGCGACAUCCGAAGCUUCCUGCUCGCAACGGAAUCGUGAAUGCCGCGGGCCUGACCCCGUUGACACUCGCCUGCCAGCUGGGGCGUGCCGAGGUCUUCCGUGAGAUGCUGGAGCUGUCCGCGCGGGAGUUCUGGCGUUACAGUAAUAUCACUUGCUCGGCGUACCCUCUCAAUGCCCUCGACACGCUGCUGCCCGAUGGCAGAACAAACUGGAACUCUGCGCUAUUUAUCAUUCUGAACGGUACGAAGGAGGAGCACUUGGACAUGCUGGACGGUGGUAUUAUUCAGCGAUUACUUGAGGAAAAAUGGAAGACCUUCGCGCGAUUGCAGUUCCUGAAGCGAUUGAUUAUCUUGGUGUUUCACCUGGCCUCGCUGUCCUUAGCCGUGUACUUCAGGCCCGCGGACAUGGAGGCCGUGCUGCUGCAGUGGCCCGAGGAGAUAACGGACGCCGUCCGCACCGUGGCGGAGUGCAUCACCGUGCUGGGUGUGCUGAAUUACAUCCUGGUUCAACUGGGCGGCGAGAUGAUCAACAUCGGUCCGCUGUCGUUCCUGAAGCAACUGAGCCACGAACCGGCCAAGUUGAUAUUCGUGAUCAGCAAUCUGCUCAUUCUCGCGUGCAUUCCAUGUCGUAUCGCUGGCGAUCGGCACGCGGAGGAUGCGAUACUGGUGUACGCCGUGCCGGGCUCAUGGUUUCUUCUUAUGUUUUUCGCCGGAGCGGUUCGACUGACUGGUCCAUUUGUCACGAUGGUGUACAGCAUGAUAACGGGUGACAUGUUGACCUUCGGCAUUAUCUACACGGUCAUGCUCUUCGGAUUCUCGCAAUCGUUUUAUUUUCUUUACAAGGGAUUCCCCGGGGUGAAAUCAUCCCUCUAUCAUUCCUAUCCUUCGACCUGGAUGGCGCUGUUUCAGAUAACCCUCGGCGAUUAUAGCUACGCGGAUUUGAGCAACACGACCUACCCUAACCUGAGCAAGACGGUCUUCGCAAUUUUCAUGGUGCUCGUGCCCAUACUACUGCUCAACAUGUUAAUCGCCAUGAUGGGUAAUACAUACGCACACGUUAUCGAGCAAAGUGAAAAGGAAUUCGUCAAGCAGUGGGCAAAAAUCGUGGUGUCAUUGGAACGCGCGGUAUCCCAGAAAGACGCCCAUAAUUACCUGCAGGAAUACAGCAUCAAACUGGGACCCGGCGACGAUCCGAACAAUCCCGCGUCGGAACAGAGAGGCGUGCUGAUUAUUAAAAGUAAAUCGAAAACCAGAGCGAAGCAGCGCAAGGGCGCCGUGUCUAAUUGGAAGCGUGUCGGGAAAGUCACGAUACACGAAUUGAGAAAACGAGGUAUGACUGGCGAGGAACUACGUCGUAUAAUGUGGGGUCGCGCAUCCUUCUCUACUCCUGUGCGAGUCUGUCCCAAUGCCGGCGAACCGCAAGUGUCGGCAGUUACUGCGGGUUUUGGUGAUGCGUUAACCGCAGCUUUGGACGUAAUGGCCUUUGCACAUGACUUUGACUUAUCCACCGCGACGGAAGGUAUACCUACCAAUAUCGAUGCAAAACAGAUAAAGACGGCGCAGUCGAAAGCCGCUCUUAACGAUCAGCAGACAAAGACAACCCAAAAUAAUUCAGAAGCGAUGGCAAGCGUGCAACCGCAUAAACAACCCAUUGAGGAGCAAACUAAAUUAUCAGGUCUCACGGAUUUAAUCGAUAAACCUACCGAUCCUGUGAAAGAUGUGGAGACCAUGAAUUUGAAAAACACAAAUCAAACGAAAGCACUCGAAGAGGCUGUCGAGGAUCCAUUUCUGGAACUCGCUAUCGCUUCCGAGUCUACAACAGAUUACAAAAGUCUACUUCAAAUAGCGAAGUCCGCCGUAGCCACAAGCGAAGCUUCAAUGAAAACCACGAUCGACCCGCAAAUUCUAGCACACUUUGCUAUGGUGGCCCCGCCGACCACUGAGAAAUCUACUGUCGUUAAGAAGCAGUAUUUCAUGGAGUCCAGCGACAAUGACUUUGGCGGUAAAAAUUUACUUGGCACUGAAGCUCGCCUUCGAAGGAUAAAAUCGGCGAAUAGCAGAUUUAUUACUACGUCGAAACGGCCACGUCGCAACGAGGAUGACGACAGUUCCUCAUCUACAACGUCUGUCGAACAAAGUCAGCGAUAUCGGCCACUACUGAAUGAGCCGGAAGAGAGACCGGCGAAUCGUAACGAGACCGAAGGACGAAAGACCGAAACAAUUAAGGAGGAGGUCAAGCAGAACGGCAACAUUUCCACCAAACCGCCUAAUAAAAUCCAAAAACGUCGGCCAAAAACAGCCAAGAACAGGGUCUCGCCCAAGGAAAUUGAGGAGCCGGCGAGGAGAAGGGAAUCGAUUGAGCGGAAUAAGGCGGCCAGCUCACCGCCAACGUCGUCCUCGGAUCCGCUCGAGCCAUGGAGCACGCGUGGCAUUACCGACAUGAACACAAUAUUGGCCUGGCGGGAGAACGCACCGGACAGUCCUUAAUAUAACUUUAUGACAUUUCGCGUUGCACCGAUCACGACGCCCGAUGACGACGUCAACGUCAACGACGCCGCCGCCGCCGCCGCAUCGUCAGGUCGCGCACGUGGAUGAUCGCACAUAAAGGGAUCUCACGCCUGAGCGAAGCCGUUUAUUUUGAAUACCGCGUAAGUCAAGUUUCAAAAAGUCUAGACACGUGCGGCAGGCAUUACGUACGCUUUAUUUAAUUCUACAGCGCGCAAAGUUGAUCUCUAACGUAUCUAAAGGUUACGCAUAGCUGCAUCUACGAUUUAGGAAUUAAGACAGAAUGGCACCGAUUAUAAAUAAAUUACGAGAGCACAAUAACUGGAGGAUAAAAUUAAUCGACAAUACCUUUUUACGUUACGCAAAUACGUCGGCUUAUCGUUUUUCCGGGAUGAACUUUGAAACACAGAUUAGUGUUGCAUAAAUUAGUUUUUGGCGAUACCACGUGGCGCUUGGCGUAAAAAAGAGCUUGAGGCUUUCACGGGGAGUACAUAAGCUCGAGCUAAGCAGUUUGUAAAGAUAUACGAUCGAUUCAAAGCGAUUUGCAUAUAGAGCGGUGUUGUGUGUGUAGGUGUACUGUUAAUAAUAUAGGUAUUACUCAAUCUUACUCGCGAGGCGCGUAUCUCAUUAUGGAAAACAUGCCGCCAAGUAACAGGCUUCCGUAUGAUAAUUAUUAAAGUAAACACACAUAUGCCGGGGACCAAAUGACGUUAACUCACCGUUACGUAAUUUCCAGGAGGGAUUGCAGGAUGUGAAAUUUUCGCAUACAUGUACAUAUCUAUUAGAAUAAGCCGCAGAAGGAAUUUCUCAAAGAUACAAUACGGUCGUGUAGCGCAGACAACAUUACCUUCGUGCUUUGUAAGAUACUUCCAACUUUGUUGAAAAGGAGAAUAUUCCGAUUUUUACUCUUGCAACAUUUGCCAAUUAUGCAAUUAAAAUAUUGAAGCUUAGGAACUUGGCAAGCUGUGCAAUAUCGUGUGAAAAUAACUUCUCCUAUAAUCUCGCUUGCAACAUUAAUUGAUUUCUUAACUUUCUUAAUUUCUGCGUAGUUCAUACUAAAGAUUAGAAUAGUGUCAAAGAUAUGCUCCAUGGGCGCGGUGGGGACAGAUCUCCAGAAUUCGUUCAAAUUUCGGUGUAAACAUCCGUAAGUAGAUGUUAUUUAUAUACUUAUAAAAUAUAUGUACAAAAUAAAUUAUUUUCAAGUGUCAGUAUAUUAUUACCUUUGAAUUCCUUAAAUUAAUUUUAUUUUCUUUUGCGUUUCAUUGUUCAUGUGCCACUUUCAGUUUUAAUCAAAAUGUUUGACAGACCAUUACUCGGAAAUGUAAAUUGCGUUACUGACAAAACAAUCAACCCUUGCAAAAUUGAGUUGUCGCAUAUGCAUACUAUUUUACGUUAAAACGUUAAGCAAAUUUACAAUGUCGUUAAACACGUCAUGCAG